AUGGCAUCCAAGAGCUCUAUUGUUCCUGACAUUGUAUGGAAUUGGGUCAUUGAAACCCUAGCAACUUAUGAACAAACAGAUGCGUCUACUUUAAUAGGUCUAGUGAGAAUGGCUCCUGCAAUCUCAGGUGAUCUAGGAAAAGAUGCAAAGGAGGUUGUCUCUUUAAGAAUCUUGGAGAGCUUGUUUCCUCAAACUGGUGAUGAAGCUGUAGCUGAUGCUGAUGCAGGUCAAAAUGGUAAAAUCACUUUUGAUUCAUCAGAAAGCUGUGAAGAUGUCCUUCAGCAGAUAUUACGUGAGACACCUGAGCAUUCAGCUAAAUUUGAAAAAGAAAAAUGGGAUCUUCGUUCCUUUUUAACACAUAAAAGGUCAUCCUUGCCUAAAUGUGUCUUGAAAAAGUUGAAGGACAUGCUUCUUGAAAGUAGUCACCCACUUCUCACAUCAUUGAAAGAAAAGAGUAAACUGGUAAUUCCAAAUGCAUCUCAAAAUACAAGUCCAGUGAAUGAUGAGAAUCUUGAUGUUCAAGAUACAGUAGCUAAAGAUGAUACAACCAUUUUGAACCCAAGAAAAGAUAAAGGAAAGUUUCAAGAAACUGAGCAAGUAAGUGAUGUUCAGCUUCAUUUUAAUGAUGAAAAAUCACCCCAAGACACACAUGAGAAAAGGGUAUCUGUUGAUAGCAUGGAGAAUGUAGAGUCUGUUGUUAAAUUAAAAGACAACAAAAAUGUUGAACCAAAUGCAUUGGAUGAAGAUGAACAUUUAAGCAAAGAUGAAAACUCCAUGGAACAAGAUGGUGAUCAAACAGAUUCCUUGAUGAAUCUUUGUGUGAAGUGUAAUGAAGGUGAGUAUCAGGAAGCUAAAAGAAAGGCUUCACAAGCCAGAAAUGAUCUACAAGCUUUUUCUAGCUUCACAGUCAAAAAGGGUAGUAGAACUAAUGAAUCUUUUAAGAAAAAAAGUGAAGGAAAUGUAGCCAAUCAAAAUAUGACAGAAGGUGAAGCGCAAAAGAAAGUCAAAGUCAAAGUCAAUGUCAAUGAGAGUGACAUUGUUAGUAGACAUGUGGAUAAAGAUAUACCACAACCAAGCACACCAAAACGGAAAUUUAAGGAAAAAGAAAGUCAAAUGGAAAUUAUUGAGUCUAGUUCCUCAAGAGAACUCCGCAAGAGGAAAGCACAAUACACCCCUCCAGUAGUUGUUCCUUUGGUGAGACGAAAAACAAUCCCAUGGACAAAAUCAGAGGAAGAAACACUCAAGGAAGGUGUGGAGAGAUAUUCAAGUGUUGGUGAUAAAAAAAUUCCAUGGAAGGAGAUUUUGGAUUUUGGAGACAGUGUGUUCCACAAAGGACGUACCACUAUAGACCUUAAAGAUAAAUGGAGAAACAUAUGCAAAGGAACAAAAUGAAAAAGGUCCUUGCAACCUUUAAUGUAUGAUAACAAAAACAGAAGAUACAUGUGGUAUAUAUAUGAAGAUAUGUCACAUGUAUAUAGAAGGCCAAAUCCCAAAAGAGCAAAAGAUGGAACACAAAAGAAGCAGCUUGUGGGUUGAAAUAUAUUGAAAAUGGUGUUGAUUUUGUCUAUGACAUGAGGAUUCUUUGAUUUUUGAAGAGGUGGCAUCCCACAUCUAACUUUAGGGUUGAUAACUUGCAAGGGCAACCAUGUUUCAUGUACACAUUUACUCAUUAUUAUUAUUAUUAUUAUUAUUAUUAUUACCAUUGAAUUGAGCUUGUUUACUUUGUUCACAAAAUAUCAUUAUGAUCGGCUAUUAUAGGUUUCAUUCAACAC